AUGACAGAUACAAAUUAAUCACAAAAUAGUCAGCAAGAGAUUUAACAAAGCAAUAUUUUAAUUGAAGAUGCAGUGAAAAUUCGUUGGAACAUCUGGUGUGGAUCUAGACAAUUUGUGAAAAUAUCUAUUAUAAUCAGAAAUAAUAAUAAUGAAGAACUUAUUUAUAUCAAGAAUGAUAAAAUAUUAAGAUAGUAAAUAUUCAAUAUUAUAAAAAGGGAAAAGAUAUUAGAUUUAACAAAUAAUAUUGAGUUAAUGAAAAAUGUAGAAUAAAUCAAUCAUUUAACUUGGAGAGGUUUAUUUUCAAAUUUAAAGAACAAAAUUGGAAUAUGGACUGCUUAUUGGAAACUUUAAAAAAUAAAUGUAGGAGGAUAUUAUGAUUAGAUGAGUUAAAAAUAAGGAAAGUGGAUAGAGAUUUUUGAAAAUUAUUGUGAGUAAUUCUCUCUAUUUAAAUACAUAGUGUUGCAAAUGCUAUUUAUAUAGGCAAAUAUAAAAAUGGGUUAAAAUGUGGGAUAUGGGAAACAAUAUAUAAGAAUAAAAUAAUGUAAUAUUAGUUUAAUGAAGUGGUCUUGGAUUAUAUGAU